CAUCUGACUACCAGGUAAACUGGAAGCAAGCGCCGGUGGUUCUGACGCCUAUCUUUAUUGCAACCCGUUCCCUCCUGGCUGUUGGUCUUUCCUUCUGUAUUGUCUUCGUUGCUUCACGGCCACUUCCUGCUACAGAGUGUAAUAUCCAUUUUCUCUUAACAUCCGGGAUACAGACAGAAGAGAAUUGAUAUCCCACCAAUCCUCCCUUGUCCCAAUACUGCCAUCUUCUACUCAUCAAUAGAUCCAGACGUUAUUAAACCCGAUAAUCAUUCGUUGGACAACAGAGAAUACAUCGAACAUCAGAUUUUUUGUGUGCAUUGAGCAGUUUCAUCGUCCUACCAGAAAACCCACCUUUACAGUACACCUAUUCUAGAGUAAGUUCCGACAUCCUCACCGUAAAGUCGAUCUCUGACAUUUCAUAAGCCAUACCAACUCCCGAAAAAAUGGAUUUCGAAUGCUCCUGGACGGUUAAAAAGUACCAAAAGCUGGCCCGAGAAAUACUGAAAAAUAGAGACGAACAAUUUGUCUACGUCAAUGUCGUCCUGACUAAAAUCAUGCCUGGGAAGCAGCAUGCCGCUCUGCUUGUUAAAUUACCCGAUGCGGUGUUUAAUGCCUCCCUAAGUGCUGCCACUCCUCCUGCCACUCCUCCUUGCGGCCUCGAGAUGGGCCAUGGGCCCGGUUGGCUCCUCCCGGGUACAGUAUGCUUACCUGAUGAGAAAAUUUUGGACGCACUCAAGAAUGAGGUCCAUAAUACGCUGUAUGUACUCUUCCUGCCCGACUCUCCCCUUGCACAACAGUCACAGGCUAAUUCAAUGGGUGACAGUGGUUUAAGGAUUACAAAGUUCAAGUCGAAGAUCCAUAAGCAUGUCAUGAAUGUCGAGUAUAAUGGGACGCGAAACAAAGCCCUCAUCCUGACGUUCAGGGCUAAGUACAGCGAUACACCUAUAGUUAUCGGAGAGGACCGAUAUUCAGUGACGCGCUGGGCAACGGAAAUGGACUUGGGCCGUGUCCGGCUGUUCGAUAACAAGGUACUCCAAAAGAUCAAAAAGAUAUUACACUGUAAGGACCUUCCCUUCCUCGCCAUGGUACCGAACGUCACGCCUUGA